AUGUUCAUCAGCCGGGAGGUUGUGGACGAGUGCUUCCACUGCCUGGACUUGCUGGGAACAAAUAACUACAUGACCUCCAGCGACUCAACCGCGUACAUCGUCCAGCCGCUCUCGAGCCGCUUCGUCGCGGCCCUGUACAGAGGGACGGUCUACUCCCAGACACACAGCAUGGAUCCGUGCAACCGCUACGCCAUGUCCAACGCGGAGGCGCUGGUCUUCAUGAUGGCCUACGUGACCCAUCUCUUCACCCUUCCCCUUAACGAGUCCAAACAGGUUGAGUGGGACGUGCUGCGCGGGUGCCCCGUAUGCCUCGUCAACGGGGGCUGCCGGUGCGUACGAGUGAGCUGGCCUGCCGUCAGGAGCCCCGACUCAAAGUCUGCCCCACAGAACUACGUGACCGUUCGGUGCCUGACGUCGGACUUCUUCUGGACAUACGAGCAAAGCUCUAGCAGCUAUGCUAGCCUUGAGGAGUACUUCGAUAAGCAUUACGUGGCCCAGGACCCCAUCACAGCCGCAGUGUUUGAAAACGGCAGGCUGGUCAACGCCCACUUCAAUCCCAAGAAGCGCUACGACGCGGUCCUGUUCAGACGAGCGGACAGGGCGGACAGAGAAGACAAUAGCACAAACCCCGAGCCCCGGGCGAGCUCGUGUUACCCGGAAUUCAUGCUUCCGUGCCUCUACAACCCGACCACGCGCAUCAACUAUCCCGGGUACCUAUUCAGACAGUGCCUCUUCGACGCAGCGGGCUGCAUGAUCGGGCAGUCUGUCGCAUCCCGGCUCAUCGACAUGCUCUUGUAUCCGGCAGGGCCCCGGGUGCAGCAGAAGGAGGAAGCCGGCGAUGCUUGCACUCCCGCUGCCUUAGAGUUGUUCAAGAGAGCAGCAGGGUUUGGAGAAGACAUGCCACUGCUUAUCCUUAACGCCAUCAGCACGCUGCACGGUGUGAAUCUCCUUAGGACUCUGCCGCCCUCUCAAUUCGACAGCGAGGCAGAGAUCGAGGCCCUGGCAGAGCACCAGAGGACGGCAUCUUUCAAGGACGCACUGCUGGCAGCAACGCACAGCCACAGCGAAUACGUCAACGUUAUGACGACGUUCUGCGAAGAGAAUGUCACGCUGAAGGCGGGAAUGAACGACAACGUGUGCAAGAUGGAGCACAACAUGGGGUACCUCAUCCACGCGCGGUAUGAGUCGUCCAACGACCAGGUUCGAGGAACGGUGCUGCGGUUCGCUGGAUUUGUAAUAGGUUACAUGCCCAACUGA